AUGACAAAUCCCAUGAUGGCUCUGAACCCCUUAUUGACAGCAUCCGGCCAGCAGAGAAUACCACUGGUUCCCUCACCCUUUAGACCUCCAGUUGUGGACAGAGACAUGCUGCCUUCCACUGUAGUAUCCGAUCCAAGACAGUUUUGUGUUCCUCCCCAAUUUGGAUCCUCUGUUCUGCCAAACACAAAUAUGCCGAGUAUGUUGCCGAAUCAUGUCUACUCAGGUUGGGGCAUUGCACCAUCUGAAUCUGUAAAGGCCAUUGCCAGAAGGAAUGAAAUGAUCCAAAGACAUCAUACGGCCAGGACAGAAAUGGAAAUGUACGCUAUUUACCAGCAAAGAAGAAUGGAAAAAGUCAGUCCCAAGGGACUAGCGGGCCUAGGCAUACCAUUGCUAUAUGGUCCCAGUAUUCCUGCUGGCCUGGCGACUUAUCACGGCAGAAGCAUGCUCCCUGCCAGCGACCUGCAUUUUCACAGAAGCGCCUUCAGAAAUCUUCCAGAAAACUCCAUGCUGAUGGCAACUGGGCCACACUUUAUCGACAGUUGGGGACAGAAAUGCCGUCGCCUCCGAAGAGGCACAGGGAAUCAGAAGGUUCUAGACAACGUUCCUGAGACUUCCACAACUCAGGCAGAAGAAAAAGUCCUGGGCCAGACACAUGCAAUCCCAUACGAAGAGGCUGAAUAUGCCAAGAGCCCCGAGACAGAAGCACACCCCCACCGGAAGUCAGGCGAGACCCAGGAAAGGCCGCUGAGUGCACUCCCCAGUGCCUGUGGAGAGCUGGAGCCCGCUCACAGGAAUCCCUGGCAGUCUCACGCCGGUCUUGUGGAAGCCAAGGCCUGGGAACCGGUGCAAAAGAAGACUUCGGAACAGCUCUUUGCAGCCUGUGGGGAAAGGAAUGAGGUGUGCGCUGCAGGUUCUCCUGCAGCUCCGCCAGGGACCCAUGCACCGGUUGCAAGCAGAGAGCAUCUGUGUUUGGAUGCAGACAUUCAGAAAUGGACAGUGGAUGAUGUGCACAACUUUAUCAGCGGCCUUCCUGGUUGCUCAGACUAUGCUCAGGUGUUUAAAGAUCAUGCGAUUGAUGGAGAGACGUUGCCACUGCUCACAGAGGAGCAUCUUCGAGGCACUAUGGGACUGAAGCUAGGACCAGCAUUAAAAAUUCAGUCGCAGGUAUCUCAGUAUGUGGGAAGUCUGUUCUACAAGAAAAGUCUUUCUCUUCCUGCCCAUGCAAGACAAGCACUUGAUCACCUAGCAGACCCAUCUCCUCUUCUGGGUUUUAACUCCUGGAGUGAUAAAUUGAGCAUUUCCUGUCCCCAAGAAGUGUCAGCUCCUAAAGGGACGGAGCAAGAAGAUAUGAGAAAUUAAAAGCCACCAAGGAGAAGCAGCAGCCCAGAUUGUGUAAGGAUUUCCUGAAGCCAGACCUAAGACAAGUGGCCAGAAGGCUCAGGGUGGAAGGCUGGCCUUCUUGGAGUUGUCUGAGAGGGCACUUUGACCAACAGGCUUCCCACUGGGCAAAGGGACUCCAGGACCCAGGGGCUGUGUAAGCAAAUGCCAGUGAGAGAGAGAAUUUAAAACAGCAAGGAAGUAAUGUUGUGAAACUGAAAGAGCCUUUGUUGAAAUAACAGCUGCUCCUCAGCCUUCCUUUGCUCAUUUCCCACCCCCAACCCUCAAAGAGACAAAGACUGGGAUCAGAAGAAGACAGAAGAGGAAAAAGAGAAGAACCAUGCAAAGGAUGGGAGGAGCUGACCUCAACAUCUUAUUCUAACAGCUUAAUGCAGGCCUGGCUGUGGAGUUCCCAAUUUGGCCAUAACUUUAGGACCAGUUGUUUUUUGUUUGUUUGUUUCUAAAAUGCAACUGUGGUUGGCCUGGCAGUUAUCUGACCAUUAGAUGAGAAGUUAUAGUACCCAUCUGGAACUCCACCCCAGGGGCAGGGAAGAGUUAUCUCUAUCAUGCAGGCCAGGCGUCAACUGGCCAGCAGGGAGGAGAGCAGGGAAAGUGGCUUCCUGUUUGUGUCCCAUGGUGUCCCAAGCUGCACCACAGUGACUGACGGGUGUCUCUAGAAAGGUAACAAUAAGACAUAGCAAUUUGCUCAGGGGGAGGCCUGGCUAAUGGGGAUGUUGUGAAGAUGUCUUACCAUAUACCCUCCUGCUUGAGAAUUUGAAUUUGCAACCAUGAAAAUAAUCUUUUCUGUUUUUUCAAAAUGUCACAUUUGAAAUGAGCUAUCUGUAGUAGGUAACUUGUAAGCUGUUUGUCCUGGCAUUCACCCUCCCUGUGAGUGGGGAGUCCUUUCUGGAGAAGAAAACAUAGGGCUACCAGAGAUCUGGCAGCAGGGGUCUCCGUGCCAGAACCCCCUGAUGCCCUCUUGGUAUCAGUUGCUCCUGGGAAAGAUGUGGGGAGAGCCCCACAUGCCCAAACCUGGCCAUGGAUGUUUUGAGGGCUGUUGAUACCCAGAUGAGUGAAAGUGCUAUGACUGCCCACAGGACACCCUGUGCCAGAGCCCCACCCAGCCAGAAACCCUGGGAGAUAAUGCAGGAGGGCUGUUGUCAGCCCAAGUUUUAGAGUUAUUUGACUUACAGCAGUGAAAAUGAAAACAAAUAAAGGAUGUUUAGUAAGCACAA